AUGGGUGAAGCUGAAGAAUUUAACACUUUAGCAUUUGAGAAACGAUUAAUGCACUUGAAGGAUACUCAGGAAAGUAUCCAGGGUUUGUCGGCGUGGUGUUUGAAGCAAAGGCCGCAUCAUAAAAAGAUAGUUUCCAGUUGGUUGAAUGUGUUGAAAAGGGUGAAGGUAGAACAGAGACUGGUCCUGUUUUAUUUGGCCAACGAUGUGAUCCAGUACAGUAAAAGGAAGAACUAUGAGUUUGUUGAGAGUUGGGGACUCAAUUUACAGAAAGCUACACCAUUGGUCAGGGACGAUAAAGUGAGACCAAAAAUCCUUCGCAUUUUUAAAAUAUGGGAACAAAGAUCAGUUUAUGAUGACGAGUUUCUAUCAGAUCUGACUGGACUACUGAGUGCUGGAGCUGUGAAGAAAUCAGACGACGAUUCAGAGUUCCAACCGUCACAACUGGUGAAUAAGAUAAAACAGUGUUCAGUAUUAGAAGCGGAUACAGAUUUGAGGCUGAAAGAGAUCCAUGACAGUCAUCUGGAACUUUCCGAUGCUGAGCUAUUGAGAACUUCACUUAAAGAGAGAGGCAACAAGGACGAUGUGGAAAAGGAGUUAAAUGAUGGGAUAUCAUGUGUGGAACGAUACACUGCUGCGCUGCAAAGGGAAAUUGUAGCGAGGGAAGCUCUGUUAGCACUGCUUACCACCGCUACGCAGUAUUACGCGACGCAAAGAGGUGAAGUGAAGGUUGUUGCUUAUGCAUACAAAAAUUUUGGGGCGCGUGUUAAAGCAUUGAAGCGGAAACUAGACGAGCUUAUACCGACGUUGCCUAACGCUGCCCCAUCGCCACCUCAGCGGGACGAGGAUGUACCAUCUCCAGGACCUGAUGAGGAUCUCGAACUACCCGUACCAGAAAACACUGGGGACGAUGAUGAAAUUGCCUACAACAUUGACCAGACCUUCAACUCAUCAAUAGCAGCUGAUGGAUCUCUCUAUAACCUAGGACUUACGUCUUUUCUCACGUCAGAGAAUCCAAUGGCACUAUUCAAUGAAUCCACUGAUAUCCUGAAUAGCACCAACAAAAUUGAAGUGAUAAACAGUAGGCCAAAACAAGCCGAGCAAGAGUUUAAUAUAAACGACGUGCUAAAAAACCUGAUGUCUGAUAAUAAUACCAACGCAUCGGAUAAUAACUCAGUAACUAGCGCGUCGAUGUCCCAAAAGUCGCAGGACGCGUUGCCCGGGCUAGAUUUACUAACACCAGACACGCCGGGCAACCCGCCGCCGCCUACAUCCUUCUAUGGCACCAUGGACCUCACUGAGGAACCAGAACCCUACCAUCCAGAAGCGGCUAGCUCUUGGAAUAAUACUAACUGGAAUAUAGCUCGCGUGAAUCCUACGUUGAACACGAACGUGUUUACUGACACGCCGGAGUCGCCGCCGCCGGCGCCGCGCCCCAUUCCACCGCCAGAGCCAGUGCGGUAUCCACAGGAGAUUCCGACAGAUGUGGAUCACAGAGGAAUAUUACCGCCUCCACCGCCGCCGCCCGUCUUACCACUGCUUGGUCAGCUGGAGGACGUAGACCAUAGAAUGUUGCCGUCUCUGUCGCCAGUACCGCCUGUCGUCAAUCCAGCACCCGUCCGACACCCUGUACAUCAAGAUGUUGACCACAGGAAUUUGAUUCCGUUAACGCAUCAACCCACACCUCCACCCCAACCAAUCAACUCUGUCACGAGGGAUCAAGAUUACAGGGUACCACCGAUGGUGCCGCCUUCUGACAUCGUGGAGAGCGUCGACAUGGACCUAUCUGAAGAUGAGGAUCAACAAGGAAUGUACACAAACCAAAACCAGGUGGAGAGACGGCACAGCUUUAAUAACAACAACAAAGUGCUAGUAGGGGGAGAUAACGGCAAAGUGCACAAUGAACACAACCAUAACAAUCUCAUACAAAUCAACAGCGACAAGAAAGAGCCGCAUUCAGCGCCCAUAAUGCCACCAAUGGUGAACCCCUUCGAUGCCAUGCCACCCUCCCUCAAAAACUUCAACAUGAACUUCCAAAAACCCCUGAAUUUCCCUAAAACCUUCGAUCUGACUGAGGAUAACUCCAAUGACAGCGCUUACGAAGAGGAUCUUAGAAGCAGGGGCUUAGAGAAGGCCAAGCACCACGAAAUACGAAACCCAUCUCCACCAUUCGAGGAGUUUGGCAAUGAGGAGUGGCAACAGCAUCAGCCGAGGUUCAUGAACCCUCGGUUCCCUAGAAAUUGGGGUCCGCGGACUAACUUUAGGCCACCGGGGUUCUCUCCACAACAAGGCUGGCCUAGAAACGGGCCGCGUCCUAACCGAUGGAUGGGCCCUCGCCCAAGGUUUUGGUGA